CAUCGCACCGCAAUAACCAGUUCUUGCACCAGCACCCCCCCCACCAAACACUCCAAUAGUGAUGCAUUUCUGAGAACAACAAUUAUCCUCUACCAUGUCGAAACAAGCCCUAGCACGAGCGAAGCUCGCCGAAUUGCGUGAACUCAAAGCAUCCGGUGGAAAACGCCAAUACGAAGUUAACGACGCCGAGGAUUUAUAUGAGGAAGUCGACGAGGACGCAUACAAGAAAGUGGUCCGGAAACGACUCGAUCGUGAUGAUUUUGUAAUUGACGACAAUGGCGAGGGCUACGCCGAUGAUGGGCGCGAAGAAUGGGAUCGAGAGCCAAACUAUGGAUCGCAAAGCGAGGAAGACUUACCAGUGAAAGGCAAAGCUGGAAAGGCUGGUGAGUAAUGGAAAUUCUGCUUUUACUUUCCACCAAGCUCACUCAUACAGCCAAAAAGAAACGGGAAGAAGAGAAAGCAAGGAAAGAAAAUAAGGAUAAAGGCAUCAGCAAUUACUUUACCAAGGGUCCGAUAGCUGCUCAACCAAAAGCAAAGGUACGGACUCCCAGUCUGCCAUGCAGAUCUACGUAUUAAUCGUUUGGGCAGCCGGUCAAAACAAAGGAGGAUGACGAUUUUCUGGCUGGCCUGCUUGGUGAAGUAGAUAACAACGUGCCACGAGCGGCAACACACUCGAGUCGAUCGAAAAAGGUACAGGAUAAGCGGAGGACCCGAGCACUUUCCCCAGGCGUUGAUCAACAUGCCUCGAAAAAGAGAAAGUCGUUUGAUACUAGGGCAGCAACUCCACCUGUGGAGCUAGAUCAAGGCAAUGAUGGUGACUACAUGAUGAACAUGGACGACGAUGAUAUGCCCUUGGAUGAUCCUCUGCCAUCUUCGCCAGUAGCAAAGGCGGUUGAGCGUAAACAAGUCGCUGUGAAGGCAGAGGAGGAGGAUGAUGAUAUGAUGGAGGUUGCUCAGGCCGAUGGAAUUGUUACCGCAAGUGUCAACAUGUCCGGGAAAAGACCAGUACCAAAAAUCGUCAAAUCAGAGACAUAUCCCACGCCUGCUGGUUCGUCACCAAUUCGAGCGUCCGCGGACUGCAUUGAUGCAUCAGCCUGGACGAGUGUCACAUCAAAGUUAAAUGUGGUCAAUAACAGCCAAUCCGAAACUACGAGCUUCGGGAAAUUGGAUUCUGAUGAUGCAAUUGAGGAAGAUGGUAGCCUGAAGAUGUUCUGGACAGAUUACAAAGAAAACAACGGCAAUUUGUGUCUUUUUGGAAAAGUUCAAAACAAAAAAACCGGAGCUUAUGUCAGUUGCUUUGUGAGGAUUGAUAAUAUUUUACGAACGCUCUUUUUCUUGCCUCGAGAAUACCGACAAAAGAACAAACACGAUACCACCAAGGAAAUCAGUAUGCAAGACGUUUACCAGGAAGUAGAUGAAAUGAUGAGUAACAUGAGGGUCGGCAUGCAUAAAAUCAAGCCUGUCACCAGAAAAUAUGCAUUUGAAUUGCCAGAUGUGCCUAAGGAAGGCGAGUAUCUCAAAUUACGAUAUCCAUAUGCCGGUAAGUUGGGUUUGUAUGUCUCCACUUAACACACUAACAUAUGUAGCGCCUCAACUUCAACCCGAACAACUUUCAGGGCAGACCUUUUCGCGUGUGUUUGGCCACAACACCCCCCUGUUCGAGCAAUUCGUUCUGUGGAAGAACAUUAUGGGACCUUGUUGGCUACGAAUCGAAGGCGCUGACUUUAAAGCCCAAGCCAACGCUUCUUGGUGUAAAUUGGAAGCCCAAGUCAACGAACCGAAGUUAAUUACGCCCCUUAGCGAGGAGGAAGCGCCACCGCUCACCCUUAUGAGUAUUGCAUUAAGAACUACACUAAAUGUCAAAGAGAACAAGCAAGAAAUUCUUGCUAUCAGUGGCCGCAUCUAUCACAACAUUUCACUCACGGAUACAACAUCCCCGGAGAGGCUACCUUGUGAAUCCUUCACGUUUUUGCGACCCGUAGUUUCGAAUUUUCCUCUUCAAUUUGAGAGUGAAGUCCAAAAGCGAGCGCCACACAUAAAGUUGUUCAAGGAAGAGCAUCAGGUGUUGAGUUUAUUCCUUGCCAAGCUCCAAACUAUUGACCCUGAUGUUCUCGUUGGUCAUCAGCUCGAAGGCGUGGAUUUCAGCAUUUUACUGGAUCGUCUCCGAGUAAAGAAGACCCCUCAGUUCUCACGCAUAGGCCGAAUGAGAAGUAAAGAAUGGCCACGAUCGAUGGGAAAGAUGGGAGGAAAUUUCUUUGCCGAGCGACAGUUGCUUUCUGGACGUCUCCUGUGUGAUCUAGCUGGCGAUCAAGGUAAAUCGACUAUGACAAAAUGCACAACAUGGACGCUUAGCGAAAUGUGUGGUAUCUACUUACCUGGGACAACCCGCUUCGAAAUUGACAACGACGCAGCAUUAAAGUCUUGGGCAACCGACAAAAACGGUCUGAUGGAUUAUGUGAGCCAUUGCGAAGCUGAUACGUUCUAUAUUGCAGCAUUGGCUCUCAAGGUCCAGCUGCUACCUCUCACAAAGGUUUUAACCAAUCUGGCUGGAAAUUCCUGGGCACGCACACUUACUGGUACCCGAGCGGAACGGAAUGAGUACAUUCUUCUGCACGAGUUUCACCGUAAUAAAUACAUCUGCCCCGACAAAGCUGCGUUCAAGGGUCGCCAGCAAAUAGAAGAGGAAAACGCCGAGGAGGACAUAGGUGAUGUCAAAAAGAAGGACAAAUACAAAGGCGGUCUUGUUUUCGAGCCAGAGAAGGGACUGUACGACAAAUUUGUCUUGGUCAUGGAUUUCAAUUCUUUGUACCCAAGUAUCAUUCAAGAGUAUAAUAUCUGCUUCACGACCGUGGACAGAACGAAACUUGUGAGCCACAUCCCAUGUUUUAAGAAAGAGGCAAUACUGACAAGAUGGCAGUCUGACGACGAAGAGAGGGUACCAGAGGUCCCAGAAGACCAAGAUCUCGGGAUUUUACCUAAGCUUAUUGCUACUCUUGUCAGCCGCAGAAAGCAAGUCAAGAGUUUGAUGAAGAGCAAAAAUGCCACCGCUGAACAAUUAGCAACAUGGGACAUCAAGCAGCUUGCUCUCAAACUCACCGCUAAUUCCAUGUACGGUUGUCUUGGAUACACUAAGAGCAGAUUUUAUGCCAGACCCCUAGCCGUGCUCACGACGUACAAGGGCCGUGAAAUUCUGAGAAGUACAAAAGAUCUUGCCGAAAGCAAUUCCCUCCAAGUCAUCUAUGGAGAUACUGAUUCGGUUAUGAUUAAUGCCAAUGUUGAUAACGUCGAGGAUGCGAUAAAGGUCGGAAAUGAAUUCAAGAAGGCUGUCAACGAGAGGUACAAACUUCUCGAGAUCGAUACCGACAAUGUUUUCCGAAGAAUUUUACUACAGGCCAAGAAGAAGUAUGCAGCAAUAAAUCUUGUUCAGGUCGACGGCAAAUUUGUGGAACAGAUGGAAGUCAAGGGUCUAGACAUGAAGCGUCGAGAAUACUGCGCCCUUUCCAAAGAGGUGUCUUCUCAGCUUCUGAAUGCGAUUCUCUCAGGAGACGAGUCCGACGUUGUUAUCACACGCAUUCAUGAUUAUCUACGGGAGAUAGCAAGACAGAUGCGCGAGGAGGAAGUCCAGGUCAGGAAGUACACCAUCUAUACUAAGCUUGGAAAAGGUCCUAAAGACUACCCCAAUGCGGACAGCAUGCCUCAAGUUCAAGUCGCAUUGCGAGACUUGGCCAGGGGGAAAGUUGUUCGUAAGGAUGAUGUGAUAGCAUACAUUGUCACAGGUGAUGGUACCUCAUCUACUGAACAUGCAGCAAAACGCUCCUAUUCACUACAAGAUGUGGUUAAGAAGGACUCUGGACUUAAGCCAGAUGUGGAGUGGUAUAUGUACAAACAGAUCUUGCCACCAGUUGAGCGUCUAUGUGCAAAUAUUUCCGGCACAGACACUGUCCGACUGGCCGAAUGCCUUGGCCUUGAUGCGCGGAAGUACAGCGUUACCAACAAUGCUUCCGGCGGUGGCAACGAGACCGAAAUCCAUUCUCUUGAAAGUCAAAUCGAUGAUUCUGUACGAUUUAUGGAUGCGGCGAGACUCGAGCUUCGGUGCAGAGCAUGCAAGCUAAACUUCGACUUUGAAGGUUUGAUCGAGACCCCAGAGUUGUGUUCACAGGCCGGUAUCACUUGUCAAUGUGGGCAAACCAUGAGCAAUAUCUCUGUCGUCGCGCAGCUUGAGCAUCAAAUUCGAAAACAGACUAGCAGGUACUAUGAGGGCUGGUUAGUUUGCGAUGAUCAAGCAUGUGGAAAUCGCACGAGACAGAUGAGCGUCUAUGGACAUCGCUGCCUGGGACCAAAGGGUCUCAGUCAGGGUUGCUAUGGAAAGAUGCGGUAUGAGUAUAGUGAGCGAAUGAUGUAUAAUCAACUUUUGUACUUUUCAUCUCUCUUUGACGUUGAGAAGGCGAAGACCUCUGCCAAGGGUACCGACAAGGGUAAGCACGAACUCCUCUCAUUACACUGACAUGAUGCUAACAAAUUUUAGAACGAGUACUGGCACUUGCCGAACAUAAUCGCGUCAGAUUUGGUACCUUGAAAGAUGUCGUAGGGAAAUACUUGGACAAGUGUGGGAGACAAUGGGUCGCGAUGGAUGAAUUAUUCCGAAAAAUCGGGCUUGCAGGUCCACCUGUAACUUCUGCUCAUGCUUGAUGCUGUUCAUAAUUCGGGCGUUUGGCUACGGGUUGGGUUGGGGUUUGUAGGAUAUUAUGAUUUGUUAGUGAAUGGGAUGGUUUGCCCCAAGUGAAUAUAUGUCUUAAUGAGACUUAGCGCGGGAAACCUUAAUUUUCAGUCAGGUAGGUACUUCAAGACUCCACUGAACUUGAAUUUCUAUAUGAACCAACGUCGUAAGACUUUUCUUCCAAACACGUCAGGUAGUGAGAGCUAAAUUUUCGCCAAGAUGGUGAACAUCACGGAGAAGAUCAAGGAGUGAGUUUUUCCUCGUUCGUGGAGAGUGCGCACACACACGAAAACUGACAAUGACGCAGGAUCGAGGAUGAGAUGCGGAGGACCCAAAGUGAGUUUUACAUGCCAGCACGGCGCUCUGGAUAUUUUCCCUUUGAGAGACACAUAAUACUGACUUGGAUAUAGAAAAUAAGGCCACCGGUAUGCAGAAGAUGUCUAUCGUUUCUGGCACGUGAUCACAGCUGACUUUUUGCCCAAGAAUAUCAUCUAGGACUCCUCAAAGGGUGUGUACCUGUAUAAUAGUCUUUCCGUUCUUCCUAUACGAUGGAUCUUUCCUCUGCGCUCAUUGCGGGAUUUGGCACCAAUGCCGUCUCGAAAUAGGGUGAGCGAAGAGGAAAGAUCCAUCGCAGUGGAAGAACAGACACACUAUCCCCUCCUCUUCACCUACACAUCAAACUCACAUCCCUCGUCCAGAAAACUCGCCCGAUACAGAGCACAACUCCUCGAACCCGGCCCCGGUUCCGGUUCCAGCGGCGGCGCCGGCUUCGACGUCUCGAAAUCAGGCGACGCACGCAUCGCACUAGUAGGCUUCCCAUCAGUCGGCAAAUCGACCUUCCUGUCCAAAAUCACCAAGACCAAGUCCGAGGUUGCGGCUUACUCGUUCACGACGUUGACUGCCAUCCCGGGGGUGCUCGAGUAUGGCGGGUCGGAGAUCCAGAUUCUGGAUCUGCCCGGGAUCAUCGAGGGGGCGAGUGAGGGCAAGGGACGCGGGAGACAGGUGAUUAGCGCGGCGAAGACGAGUGAUAUGAUUUGUAUGAUUUUGGAUGCGACGAAGAAGGCGGAGCAGAGGCAGUUGCUUGAGGCGGAGUUGGAGGCUGUGGGGAUUAGGUUGAAUCGGGAGCCGCCGUUAGUAUCUUCUCUUUUCUUCUCUGCUUUCCUAUCCUCGUUACUCUUUUGCUCAGGACCAAAGUUUGAAUUUUGAAAUGGAAUAAGAUGAGACGAGCUAACGAAGAACAGAAACAUCUACCUCAAACCCAAAACCGCCGGCGGCAUGAAAAUUACCUUCCAAACACCCCCCAAAAACCUCGACCAGAAAAUGGUCUACAACAUCCUCCGCGACUACAAGAUCCUCAACUGCGAAGUCCUCGUGCGCGACGAAAACGUCACGGUCGACGACUUCAUCGACGUCAUCAUGAAAGACCACCGAAAGUACAUCCGCUGUCUGUACAUCUACAACAAAAUCGACUCGGUAUCCCUCGACUUCCUUGACAAGCUGGCACGCGAACCCCACACGGUGGUCAUGAGCUGCGAGCUCGAUUUGGGAAUCAAAGAUGUCGUCGAGCGGUGCUGGCAGGAACUUAGAUUGAUAAGGAUCUAUACGAAGCGGAAGGGUGUGGAUCCGGAUUUUAAUGAGGCCCUGAUUGUGAGGAGUAAGAGUACGAUCGAGGAUGUGUGUGAUCAGAUUCAUCGCACCCUGAAGGAUACGUUUAAGUAUGCACUCGUGUGGGGGGCGAGUGCGAGGCAUGUGCCUCAGAGGGUGGGAUUGGGGCAUAUGGUUGCGGAUGAGGAUGUGGUUAGUAUUAUUUCGAAUUGGCGGGCUUAGGUAGUUCUGCUGGCGCUUAUCGAAGGAAUCUUUCGCUCGCUUCAUGGAGAUGUGAGCUGAGCUGAGCUGAGCUAGUCGCUGAAUACGGGGUAUCAGAAUGAAUGACACUUUAUCUACUA